CCCCCGCCCGUCCGCCUAGUGUUGACGGCGAUGAGUUCGCGAGCGGCCGAUGGCGAUGGAGGCGGCGGGAGCAGGAGGAGGCGGAGAAACUCCCGCUCCCGGGACAGGGACAGGGACAGGGAGCGGCGCCGGGAGAAGGAGCGGCGGGGCGACAGCCGAGGCCGGAGGGAGAGGAGCGGUGGCCGGAGCCCAGAGUCCGGCCGGCAUCGGCGUGGGGCCAGGCCCGGGCCCAGCUCCCGGCGCCGCUCCCCCGGCCGUAGAGGCCGAUCCUCCCGCUCCCCGAGUCGCUCCCCCGGCCGCUCCUCUCCUUCCCCUGGCCGCUCGGGUCGCCCCGGCUGCUCCUAUCGUUCCCCAGACCGUCCUGGCCGCCCCACUCGCUCCCCCGACCGUAGCGGCCGCUCUUCUCCCUCCCCGGGUAGACCCAGCCGCUCCAAUCGCUCCCCCGGCCGCUCUUCUCCCUCCCCGGGUAGACCCAGCCGCUCCAAUCGCUCCCCCGGCGCCUCCUCUCCCUCCCCGGGUAGACCCAGCCGCUCCAAUCGCUCCCCCGGCCGCUCUCCUCCCUCCCCGGGUAGACCCGGCCACUCCACUCGCUCUCCCGGCCGCUCCGGUCACUCCCCCGGCCGUUCUGUCCGCUCCCCGGGUCGCUCCUCCCGGUCCCCAGUGCGCACCCCCGGCCACUCUUCUCGUUCCCCGGGUCUCUCCGGUCAAACCCCGGGUCUCUCCGGUCAAACCCCGGGUCUCUCUCGUCACUCCCCGGAUCGUUCCGACCGCUCCCGUUCCUCCUCCACUUCCUCCUCCUCGUCCUCUGGCAGCUCGGAUAGCGCCAGUCGCCUGCUGACCCUCCAGGAGAAGCUGAAGGAUAAGGCGGAGAAGAAGAAACAACGGGAGAUGGCCAAGGUGAUGGAGACCCCCGAGGAAAAGCGUGCCCGCCGCCUGGCCAGGAAGGAGGCCAAAGAGAGGAAGAAGAGGGAGAAGAUGGGUUGGAGCGAGGAGUACAUGGGCUACACCAACGCUGACAAUCCCUUUGGAGACAACAACCUGCUGGGCACCUUCAUUUGGCAAAAGGCUCUGGAAAAAAAAGGCAUUAGUCAUCUUACUGAAAAAGAUCUAAAGGACAGAAACAAGAGAAUUCAAGAGGACAACCGUUUGGAGCUGCAAAAAGUGAAACAACUGCGUCUGGAACGGGAGCGGGAGAAAGGCCUGCGGGAACAAGAGCUAGAGAUGUUACAGCGGGAGAAGGAAGCAGAACACUUCAAGACCUGGGCAGAACAAGAAGAUUAUUUCCAUUUACAGCAAGCCAAGUUGAGAUCAAAGAUCCGUAUUCUGGGAGGCCGCGCCAAGCCGAUAGACCUUCUUGCUAAAUAUAUCAGUGCGGAGGACGAUGAUUUAGCUGUAGAAAUGCAUGAACCGUAUACAUUUCUCAAUGGACUGACUGCUUCAGACUUGGAAGACCUCCUUGAGGAUAUCAGAGUCUACAUGGAGCUGGAGCAGGGCAAGAAUGCUGACUUUUGGAGAGAUAUGACUACUAUUACAGAGGACGAAAUAAGUAACCUAAAAAAGCUGGAAGCCUCAGGAAAAGGACCAGGGGAGAGACGCGAAGGAAUCAACACUUCAGUGUGCACUGAUGUUCAGUCGGUGUUUAAAGGGAAAACGUACAACCAGCUUCAAGCACUGUAUCAAAACAUAGAGUCGAAAAUCAAAACUGGUGGUUCAAAUCUGGACAUUGGCUACUGGGAAUCUCUACUGCAGCAACUCAAGGCAUACAUGGCUAGAGCCAGGUUACGUGAAAGACACCAGGAUGUGUUGAGGCAGAAACUUUACAAGCUGAAGCAGGAGCAGGGAGUGGAAAGCGAGCCCUUGUUUCCCAUUCUAAAGAGCGAACCACAGUCUCCCAAGGACAAGUCAAAAGCUGAAGACAAGGAAGUAACAGGCUCUUCAGAAGCAACCGAGCAAGUGGAGAACGUGGAGGGUGAGGGUGAAGCGGUGCUUACUGAGGAGGAUCUAAUUCAACAGAGUUUGGAUGAUUACGAUGCUGGCAAAUACAGUCCAAAGUUACUCGGUAUGCAUGAGCUGCCUAUGGACACUCACAUGGUGGAUGCUGACGAGGACAUGCAAAAACUAAUGAUGGCAAGGCAGCAGUUGCAAGUGACGGGUGAUGCCAGUGAGAGUGCGGAAGAUGCCUUUGUGCGCAAAGCCAAGGAGGGAAUGGGCACCGACGAAGCUCAGUUCAGCGUGGAGAUGCCCUUGACGGGCAAAGUGUACCUGUGGGCUGACAAGUACCGACCCAGGAAGCCGCGGUUCUUCAAUCGCGUCCACACCGGCUUUGAGUGGAACAAGUACAACCAAACCCAUUACGACUUUGACAACCCUCCUCCGAAGAUUGUCCAGGGUUACAAGUUCAACAUCUUUUACCCUGACCUCAUUGACAAAAGGUCAACCCCCCAAUAUUUCCUUGAGCCGUGUCUGGACAACAAAGACUUUGCCAUUCUUCGAUUCCAUGCUGGCCCCCCAUAUGAAGAUAUUGCUUUUAAAAUUGUUAACCGCGAGUGGGAAUACUCUCACCGACACGGUUUCAGAUGUCAGUUUGCCAAUGGAAUAUUUCAACUUUGGUUCCAUUUUAAACGGUAUCGCUACCGAAGAUAGAAAAGCCCGGAGGUAAAAUUACAUGACUUCAUUUGCCAGCUAUUAAAAUAUGCUACAAUAGAGUUUGAAAAAGAUGUGCUCAUGCAGGACUUGAAAGGAUUUUUUCCAAUGAUCUAAGAUUAAAAUUACCUUCCCCAUACU